AUGGCGCCGACGAGAGAUCCGAAUGGUGUAUGCCAGGGUUGUGGCAAUCCAUACAGCGCCAGGACGCAUAAGACAUGGAAAGGUUUUGGCAAAUGGUUGAUGAUCAUCUGGGGCGUCUUGCUCCUUAUCGGCUUCAUCAUCAAUAUUUUUGCAGUGUCCGGAACGAUCAGCACCAUGAACGCUGCCGAGUCACAACCAGACCAGAUCAAGCAUCAAUAUGUUAUCUGGUUGUUCGAGGCCUCGUACGCGAUGAUACUCGGCGCUAUGGGGCUUGUUGGAUGUUUCCUUGGGAUUCAGGGGAUCCGACUCAAGGAAAAGUCGAACCUUAAAUGGGCCUUCAUAGUGCUAUCAAUAAUGUUCGUCUUUGCGGCGGCUGGCUGCCUGGCUAUCGUUUUCAUUCUUGGAGAUACUCACUUCUUGUUCCGAUUAGCGAUGUGCGCAUGGCUUGCGCUCAUCUUGCUGAUCGUGUGGAAAAACAAAAAGGCGCUCGAACGAUGUGAUAAAUGUUAC